AUGGAUGUUACCUACUCCAAGUUUGUAGACUACCUCUAUACGCCUAAAGAUCCAUCUAGUUUGGCUGUUACAAGAAUAUUAUUUGGGGUAUGUAUGUUGUUCGACAUCCCUGAUGAGAGAGGUGGGGCGAUGAUGAAGUCUCGUUGGGGCAAUCCAGACACUUGCCAUUUUCCUUUAAUUCCAUUUGUGACUGCAGUUCCCAUGCCGUACAUGGCAUUGGUGUACCUGGCUUUGUGGCUUGGUGCUUUAGGUAUAACUCUGGGCUACAAAUAUUAUUUAGCAUCCUGGACCUUCACAAUUGCAUAUUGGUAUUUGUUCCUAAUAGAAAAGAGUUUCUGGAACAAUCAUAGCUAUUUGUUCGGGUUGGUGUCAUUUUUAUUAUCCUUCACGCAGGCUGGUUACUUUUGGUCUGUGGAUGCGUACUUGGACCCUUCAUUAAAGAAAACCACAGUGCCAUAUUGGAACUACUUCGUUUUGAAAUACCAGUUCUUCAUUCUAUACUUUAUGGCUGGCAUAAAGAAAGGAACUGCUGAGUGGUUGACAGGUUACUCUGUAAAUCAUUUGAGCGAGCAUUGGGUAUUCGCUCCGUUCAAAUUGUUCCUAACAGCACGUCAAAUAAACUAUCUCAUUGUACACUGGUUUAUCUUCGUUUUUGAUCUAACAAUUGCUUUCUGGAUGAUGUAUUCAAAAACAAGACAUAUUGCCAUGGUAUUCUGUGGUCUGUUCCAUCUUAUGAAUAUUCGUCUUUUUAGUAUCGGUAUGUUCCCCUGGGUUUGCUUAUCGACGAUGCCACUUUUCUAUCCUUUUGACUGGCCAAAGAAAGUUUAUCAAACUUUAUCAGUGUGGCUGCAAAAACAUAACAAAGCGAUAGUGGCGAAAAUAAUGACACGUGCUAUUUGUCUUGAAACUCAAACAAACAAACAAAAAUGUUGCAAUGCAAAAGAGAUAAAAGAUGCAAGUGAAAUUACAAAAGAGGAUCUAAACUCCACUAAAGCAGAACCUACGACUCAAGAUAAAGGAGAAGAAGAGAAAGAGAGCAAAAAUGUGUCUAAAUCACGAGGAACGACAAUUUUAUUGAUUUUGCUAUUUGUUUUUUCGCAGGCAUUUUUGCCGUUUUCACAUUUUAUAACCAAGGGAUACAAUAACUGGACGAACGGUCUCUAUGGAUAUUCCUGGGACAUGAUGGUUCACACAUGGGAUGUUAAUAGCGUGGUCAUCAAAAUAGUUGACAACACCAAUCAAGCUGAAUACUACCUCGACCCGUACACUUUCACCCCAAACAACCGUUGGACACGAUAUGGCGACAUGAUCCACCAAUACGCUCAUUGUUUGAAGGACAAAUUUGCCUCCAAACAGACGAAUAUAUCAAUCUAUUUCGAUAUUUGGUGUUCUCUUAACGGCAGAUUUACACAGAGGAUGUUUGAUGAUAAAAUUGAUAUGUUGAAUGUGUCCUGGUCGGCAUUUCGUCCUGUGUCCUAUCUUAUGCCCCUAUUGAGUGAGGGUUACAGUUGGAGAAAGGAAUUGCGAGAUAUAGAGGACGAUGUUAAUUCGUGGAACAAUAAUAGUGAUGUCCUUUUUGUUGCCGAGUUUCCAGGUUACGAACAAUACAAGUUCAUACCGAAGGAGUUGGUGGACGUAAAGUUGACAGCACUUAAGGGCGACUUGCUUUAUGAAAUAGAAAUGCGUAACGUCACUCAAACUCAGCUGUCUCCAGGAAUGAAAGUGAAUAUUACUUCGAAUAUGUUCCAUAGAGUGAAGAAUAUAGGUUCUAUGCCAGCUUUUUACAUGUAUACCUUUACGGAUACGGUUGAAGAUAAUGUUCAGUCGCCGGAUCAAUAUUUACCUAUAGCGAACGAGAUUUCACGCAGAUUCAGGAAUUAUAUAUUGUUUAUCAAUAAUCUAAUGUCUAGUUUAUCUAAAAUUACAGAAUGCCAAUGAAUUACAACGAAAAUUUAAAAGAAAACUUUCAUUA